AUGGCAGUGAAUCGACAGCCAAGUAUUCAAAAAAGUCGAAAAUUAGUCGUUGUUGGUGAUGGAAUGUCUGGUAAAACCUGUCUUUUAUUUGCAUUUAAAAACGAUGAAUUUAGUUCUGAUCAUGUACCAACUAUUUUCGAUACAUAUGUAGCAGAAAUUGAAGUUGAUGGAAAAACUGUUGAUUUGGCUUUAUUUGACACAGCUGGUCAAGAAGAUUUUGAUCGUCUUCGUCCACUUUCAUAUCCAGAUACAAAUGUUAUACUUAUGUGUUUUAGUAUUGAUAAUCCGGUAUCUGUUGCAAGUAUUACAGAAAAAUGGAUUCCUGAAGUACGACAUUUUUGUGGUAAAUGUCCAAUAAUACUGGUAGCUUGUAAAAGUGAUUUAAGAAACGAUUCACAAAUUAUUGCAAAACUAAAAGAACGAAAUGAAAAACCAGUAACAACAGAAACUGGAAAACAAUUAGCUACACAAAUUAAAGCUGAUGCUUAUAUGGAAUGUUCAGCAAAAACUCAUGAAGGAAUACAUGAACUAUUUCUUCUUGCUGCUCGUUUAUCAUUCAAAAAACGUAAUAAUAAAAACAAAGUUAAAUGUAGCUUAUUAUAA